UUACGCGGGGGAUGGGGGUGUGGGGUGUCGGCGGCGGCGCUUUGCGGCCCGUCGUGCGUGUUGGGCGCGGACGGGCGCGGCGGCAGUGGCGCGCACAGGUGAUUGACUGGCCAGCUGGCUCAGGGAGCUCCUGGUUCUCUUCGCUGGCAGGUGGCGGAGCCCAUUUGGGCGGCAGAGGCGGCGACCGCGGCGCGGCUCAGGGGGCGCUCCUGGGGCCAAGGCCAUGGCUCCGCGGCUGCAGUUGGAGAAGGCGGCCUGGCGCUGGGCGGAGACGGUGCGGCCCGAGGAGGUGUCGCAGGAGCACAUCGAGACCGCCUACCGCAUCUGGCUGGAGCCCUGCAUCCGCGGCGUUUGCAGGCGAAACUGCAAAGGAAAUCCGAAUUGCUUGGUUGGGAUUGGUGAGCAUAUUUGGUUAGGAGAAAUAGAUGAGAACAGUUUUCAUAACAUUGAUGAUCCCAACUGUGAGAGGAGAAAAAAGAACUCCUUUGUGGGCCUGACAAACCUCGGAGCCACAUGUUACGUCAACACAUUUCUUCAAGUGUGGUUUCUCAACCUGGAGCUUCGACAGGCGCUGUACUUGUGUCCAAGCACCUGCAGCGACUACAUGAGGGGAGAUGGUGUCCAGGAGGAGAAAGAUUAUGAACCUCAGACUAUUUGCGAGCAUCUCCAGUACUUAUUUGCUUUGUUGCAAAACAGUAACAGACGAUACAUUGACCCAUCAGGGUUUGUUAAAGCCUUGGGCUUAGACACUGGCCAGCAACAGGAUGCUCAGGAAUUUUCAAAGCUGUUUAUGUCUCUAUUGGAAGAUACUUUGUCUAAACAGAAGAAUCCAGAUGUACAGAACAUUGUGCAGCAGCAGUUCUGUGGGGAAUAUGCUUAUGUAACUGUUUGCAAUCAGUGUGGCAGAGAAUCUAAGCUGUCAUCAAAGUUCUAUGAACUGGAGCUAAAUAUCCAAGGCCACAAACAGUUAACAGAUUGUAUCUCAGAAUUUUUAAAGGAAGAAAAAUUAGAAGGAGACAAUCGAUACUUCUGUGAAAAUUGUCAAAGCAAACAGAAUGCUACAAGGAAGAUUCGGCUUCUCAGCCUCCCUUGCACCCUGAACUUGCAGCUGAUGCGUUUCGUCUUUGACAGGCAAACUGGACAUAAGAAAAAGCUGAAUGCCUACAUAGGCUUCUCCGAGAUUUUGGAUAUGGAACCUUACGUGGAACAUAAAGGUGGGUCCUACGUGUAUGAGCUCAGUGCCGUCCUUAUACACAGAGGCGUGAGCGCUUACUCCGGACACUACAUCGCCCACGUGAAAGACCCACAGUCCGGCGAAUGGUACAAGUUUAAUGAUGAAGACAUAGAAAAGAUGGAGGGGAAGAAAUUACAAUUAGGGAUUGAGGAAGAUCUAGCGGAACCCUCAAAGUCGCAGACACGCAGACCCAAGUGUGGCAAAGGGACUCAUUGCUCGCGAAAUGCGUAUAUGUUGGUUUACAGACUGCAAAGCCAAGAGAAGCCCAACACGACGGUGGAAGUUCCAGCCUUUCUUCAAGAGUUGGUGGAUCGAGAUAAUUCCAAGUUUGAGGAGUGGUGUGUUGAAAUGGCCGAGAUGCGUAAACAGAGUGUGGACAAAGGAAAAGCAAAGCAUGAAGAGGUUAAGGAGCUGUACCAAAGGUUACCUGCUGGAGCUGAGCCCUAUGAGUUUGUCUCUCUUGAAUGGCUGCAGAAGUGGUUGGAUGAAUCGACACCUACCAAGCCUAUUGAUAAUCAUGCUUGCCUGUGCUCCCAUGACAAGCUUCAUCCAGAUAAAAUCUCAAUUAUGAAGAGAAUUUCUGAAUAUGCAGCAGACAUUUUCUACAGUAGAUAUGGAGGUGGUCCAAGACUAACUGUGAAAGCACUGUGUAAGGAGUGUGUAGUAGAACGUUGUCGAGUGUUACGUCUGAAGAACCAGCUAAAUGAAGAUUAUAAAAUGGUUAAUAAUCUGCUGAAAGCAACAGGAAAGGGCAAUGAUGGAUUUUGGGUGGGAAAGUCAUCCUUGCGGAGUUGGCGCCAGCUAGCCCUCGAGCAACUAGACGAGCAAGAUGGGGAUGUAGACCAAAGCAACGGGAAAAUGAACGGCAACACCUUUAAUAAAGAUGAAUCAAAGGAGGAAAGAAAAGAAGAAGAAGAAGAAUUAAAUUUUAAUGAAGACAUUCUGUGUCCACAUGGGGAAUUGUGCAUCUCUGAGAAUGAACGAAGGCUGGUCUCUAAAGAGGCAUGGAGCAAGCUGCAGCAGUACUUCCCGAAGGCUCCCGAGUUUCCAAGUUACAGAGAGUGCUGUUCGCAGUGCAAGAUUUUAGAAAGAGAAGGAGAAGAAAACGAAGCCUUACAUAAGAUGAUCGCAAAUGAACAAAAGACUUCUCUUCCGAAUUUGUUCCAGGACAAAAACAGACCUUGUCUCAGUAACUGGCCGGAGGAUACGGACGUCCUGUAUAUCGUGUCACAGUUCUUUGUAGAAGAAUGGCGGAAAUUUGUUAGAAAGCCUACAAGAUGUAGUCCUGUGUCGUCGGUUGGAAAUAGCGCCCUUCUGUGUCCCCAUGGGGGACUUAUGUUUACAUUUGCUUCCAUGACCAAAGAAGAUUCUAAACUUAUAGCUCUGAUAUGGCCCAGCGAGUGGCAGAUGAUACAAAAGCUGUUUGUGGUGGAUCAUAUAAUUAAAAUCACAAGAAUUGAAGUGGGAGAUGUAAACCCUUCAGAAACACAAUAUAUUUCUGAACCUAAGCUCUGUCUGGACUGCAGAGAGGGCCUGCUGUGCCAGCAGCAGAGGGACCUGCGGGAGUACACUCAGGCCACCAUCUAUGUCCACAAAGUUGUGGACAAUAAAAAGGUGAUGAAGGAUUCAGCUCCGGAGCUGAAUGUGAGCAGUUCCGAAACAGAGGAGGACAAGGAAGAAGCUAAACCAGAUGGAGAGAAAGACCCAGAUUUUAAUCAAAGCAACGGAGGGACAAAGCGGCAAAAGAUAUCCCAUCAAAACUAUAUAGCCUAUCAAAAGCAAGUCAUUCGACGGAGUAUGCGACAUAGAAAAGUUCGCGGUGAGAAAGCACUUCUCGUUUCUGCUAAUCAAACAUUAAAAGAAUUGAAAAUUCAGAUCAUGCAUGCGUUUUCAGUUGCUCCUUUUGACCAGAAUUUAUCAAUUGAUGGAAAGAUUUUAAGUGAUGAUUGUGCCACUCUUGGUACCCUUGGCGUCAUACCUGAAUCUGUGAUUUUAUUAAAGGCUGAUGAACCAAUUGCAGAUUAUGCUGCAAUGGAUGACGUCAUGCAAGUCUGUAUGCCAGAGGAAGGAUUUAAAGGUACUGGUCUACUUGGACAUUAAUCUUUGAACACUUGCUGACUGCUAAGAAAUCACCAGAGGGGAAGAGGAGUUUGACAUGUUAGGGCAUUAAAGAAAAGGUGGAUUUAAGAAUUAAACCAUGACAUGACUCUUCCAAAAGGCAACAAUCCGUUCAAACGUGACUGCCCCAAAUGCCUUAUGUCAAAUAAAGCAGAUUGCACUGAUGGACAUCAAACUUGAAGGAAAUGUUUCAAAUUUUAUAUUUAAGGGGGGUAGUGGGAGCAAAGGGGGCAAGUAAAAAUUGAACUAGUAGCCAGCAACAUUGAAUCAUGUUUACAUAUGAAAUUUAUAGUCAUGGAAGGGAAUAAAGCUCUGUUAUAUUUCCUUGCUUGAGUUUCAUACCAGAUGCACUGGUCCAUAAAGGAUUUGUAUCACAGUAGAUGGGACAGCAAGCAUUCUACUCUGAACUAAAAGUGAUUCUUUAGAGACAUAACCUGCUUACCCGUACCUGUCUUUGACUCAUACUCUACUUUCAAUAAAGCAUGAAAGUGAAGAACUUGC